CAGUUAUGCCUGAAGUGUUACAAGUUUGCAUGCUCUUCCCACAGGCGAGCCAGGAGGCAAGACGUCAAAUAUGGAGACCCCAUUGCACAAUGCUGGGAUGUAGAAGACAGCAUUAGUCAUGAAACUGCUGAUGAAAAGGUGAUUUUUGGCAUUGAAUUUAAUUCAACUUUUCUGGAAUGUAUUCCUAAGUCCCAGCAAGCCUCUAUUAGGUGGUAUAUUCAGCGCUCUGGAGAAGAACAUCGAGAAGAGCUGAAGGCUGACGAAAGGAUCAUCAAAACAGAGCAUGGGCUGCUGAUCCGCAGCUUGCAAAGAAGGGAUGCGGGAGCCUAUUUCUGCAAAGCCCAGGAGCACACUUUUGUCCAUACUAUUGUGAAGCUGAAUUUAAAUGUCAUUGAGAACGGGCAAAUGGAAAGCACGCAGAAAACUGAGGAUGAGGAGGGCCGGGUGAGGGAUUUGCUGACAGAGUCCCGGCUGAGGUACAAGGACUACAUCCAGCUUGUCAGCAGCCCCAGCUUUAGCCUGGAUGAGUACUGUGAACAGAUGUGGCACCGGGAGAAGCGGCGGCAGCGGAACAAAGGUGGUGCCAAGUGGAAGCAUGUGCAGGAAAUGAAAAAAAAGCGGAACCGAAGGCACCAUGAGCCAGCCAGGCCACCAUCUACGUAGUUUGUAAAUGUUAUUUAAAGAAAGGACAUAUUCCAUGGAAAAAAAAAAAAACCCAAAUACUGUGUUCUGGUUUUGUGCAUCUUGCCUAUGAAUUAGUACUGCUUCUUAUUGAAAUCAGAUAACUCACCAUCACUAUUAAUCUGUAUGAGACUGUACAUGGGGAUUUGAUACCAAAUGAGACGUUCCAUAUUGGAGUACCACACAGCAGGCAAUAAUUUCAAAUGCAUUCAUUAAAAAGAAAAGAUGUACACUUUUAGCUGAUUUCCAGGUAGCCUGAGGCUACAUGAGCUGUGUUCUGUACUUUCUGAUAACUUUCACAUAGGAUUUAGUGUCCGUGUUCCCAUGUUAAUAUUUGCUGCCACAUUCCACC